AUGCCAUCUCAAAUGGAACACACCAUGGAAACUAUGAUGUUCAUGUGUCACAAAUUUGCUGGGGAUAAAGGCUACUUAACAAAGGAGGACCUGAGAGUACUCAUGGAAAAGGAGUUUCCUGAAUUUUUGGAAAAUCAAAAAAGACCCUUUACGCAGGGGACAAAAAUAACGAAGGACCUGGAUCAGUGCCAAGACAGCAGAGUGGGCUUCCAGAGCUUCUUUUUGCUAAUUGUUGGGCUCACCAUCACAUGCACCGCCUAUUUUGUAGUACACAUGGAGCAGAAGGGAAGGAAGUAG